UUUCCUUUAUUGUGGUUUGGUCAUGUAAAUCUGAUUGGUUGUAACAUCACAUGAACAGCAUCUUUGUCAUGUGCUCACAAAACUAAGCAACAUGUGGGAAAUUCAAAGACGAUACAAUCUAUGAUACAAUACACACCAAGAUGGUCGAUUCAUCUGAGAUAGACACCACUCUCUUCACCACUGAUCAGUCCACUACAUUCUCCCACACCUUAGACUCCAGUCAGAGCCAGGCAACCAGCAAAAAUCUCGAUGUAACCAGAGAUGAGCUGGAGCGAAGGCAACUGUCGCACACAAUACAGCUGCUCAAACUGGAGCUGUCUCAGAAGCAGUUACUCCUGGAGACAGAACGCAGUGAGACAGGCGGACAGCUGGAGGAAUUGAAGGAACAACUGGCUGACGCCCAACAUGAGAAGAAGUUAGCCUCUCUAAGACUCCAGUCAUUGACACAUGCCUAUGAACAGGAAGUCAAGAUUCUCAGGGAGAGAAACAGACAUUUGAAAACAGAAUUGGAAGCACAGCCUCCAGUCAUUGAGCCGCUUGUUGAUGAGGGCCUUGUUUCUGAUAGUUUGAGAGUGGAGGUGGAGCAAGCCCUCACUACACCACAUCUGUCAGAGGAGGAGCAUCGGACGUUGGCCUCCACAACGACCUUACCCGUACUGGACCUUGUUAGGUUGAGGGUGCAUGAGCUGACGGAAGCACUGGAGAGGAAAUGUGGGGAACUAGGAAAACAGCUGGCUGAUCUAGGACAGGAGUUUCAAAUUCAACAGCGAGAGCUACAGCUGUCACAGCAGAAAGAGACGGAGUACAGAGAGCAAACGGCUACUUUGAAGGAGAAACAUUCCAGACUCAAGCUGGAGCUAUCUGAGGUCAAACUCCAAAUCCAAGAGGGUGACUAUAAGAUAGACAACUUUGACAGCAUCAAAAGAGAGAGGGAUGCCUUGAGGAGAGAGAUGGACGGGCUGAAACUGAGGGUCCAGGAAAUGGAUGCAAGGGAGGGGGUCAUUAAAGAGGAGCUGAGCAAGCUGAACACAGAAUUGACCCACAGUCAGCAGACAGAGAGUCUUCAGCGACAAGACAAAGAGUACCUUGGCCGGCAAGUGAGUGGCUUGACCCUACGAGCUAGUGAGGCGGAGGAGAGGGCUGGCUCACUGUCAGUGGAGCUGGAGCAAGCCAGGAGGGACAGGCAGAGUGUGUAUGAACAACUAAUGAAGUCAAGAGAUGAGCAACGUUUGGACUAUGAGAACCGAAUACAGAGGGAGCUGGAGGCACUGCGGGUCAGGACAGCUCUGGAGAUUGAUCAGAUGCGUAGUCAGACAACAGAAAUGAUGGAGAGAGAUCGUCGCUCGCUGACCGAGGCCAGAGACAUUGCUCUUAGUGAAAGGGAUACGGCCCAGAGCAGGGAGAGGGACACAAGCACAAAGUAUCAGGACCUGCUCAAAGAACACCAUGGGUUGCAGGCUGCCAGUGAGGGGAGAGCGUCUGAGCUACAGGCCAGGCUACACGUGGCCCAGUUUGAACGAGAGAGGGUGGGCAUGGUGACAGAGGACACCACUAAACAGUUGAGCAUGAUCCAGUUAGAGAAAGAAAAGCUUCAUAAGAAGGUGGAUCUGCUGAGUCAGGAGUUGUGGCGUUGCCAGUCUGAGGGAGAGACUGAGAGGAGUGGUCUGAAGACGCGGGUGGAGGAGCAGAGAGUGAGACUAGAGGCCUACGAACGUGUGGAGAGAGACAUGGAUGAUCUGGUCAUGCAAGCUGCACAAUCUGAAAGUGAAACUGAUGCAGAGAGGGUCCUCUUUUCCUAUGGAUUUGGUGCUACCUUACCAACCACUUCUAGGAGAAGGCUUCAACAAAGUGUGCAGCUAGCCAGGAGAGUCCUCCAUUUAGAGAAAGUCAAUGUCUCACUGAAAAUUGAGCAAGAGAACAAGCAGGAAGCACUCUCUAAACUCCAAGACAAGGUGAAGAGCCAGGAGUCGCUGUUGGAGCAGAGUAAGCAGCCCUACUUGUACCUCAUUGAGACGAUACGGGACAAGGAUAGCCAGGUGAACAAUCUCAAGGAUGAGCUAGCUACAAUGAGGAGAGAGGUUGAUGAUCUUAAGACAGAGAGACAGAGGCUGGUUUCCGUUAAGAACCAGAUGGCACUAGACUUGGAGAAGCUACUCAAUCACAACGAGGAGCUCCAAAAAAUGAAACAGUUGAUAUAUCAUAAUACAAAACCACCACCUAUCGUGCAAUUAGUAACCAAGGAACAACAUCACGAUAGGACACAUUACAGAGAAGACUAUCCAAAACCCACAUUGUUUACCAAGCCCAAGAAAACUAGACUCAAAAGAGACUCAUAACAAACUAACUGCAUAACAAUUUUGCUUUUAUGUGUUUUUUAUUCUCUGACCCAAAUUUCCCAAUAUCAGUAUUAUGACAAAAUAAGUUAUAGUUAUAACACGGGCACGAGGGAUGUAUGGAAUAUAUUGCACUGAAGCACGAGGGCGCCAGCCCCGAGGGCUGAGUGCAAUAUAUGCCAUGCAGCCCGAGUGCACGUGUUAUAACUAGUUUAUAUCCCGAGGGCAUAGCAACAUAACACUGUCCUAGUAACACAAUAUAAACAGCACAAAAAAAGACAGAGACAACCUCUAGACACAGCUCCAUCUCUUCUCUCUUCUAGACGCCAGUAUCUGCAGCGUAUAAGAUUGGCAUGACCGACGAAUGGCUUGACACAAAAUUGUUGGAGUUUCAACUGAAAUCUGCAAAACAGCCCCACCCCACUUCUGGUGCUGCAAAACAGCGCCGCCCCACUUACUGCUGCAAAGAAACAGCCCCACCCCACUACUCAGUGAAUACAUGGUAUUAGCUGCUGGUCUACGCUCGGCCUCAUAACCAAGCCAAGAAAGCUCGCUUCUACACUGCUGCAAAACAGCUCAUGCCCCCAGCAAAAAGAGCCACUUCUAGUGCUACGGUGAAGCAGAAUUGACAUGCAUCACGAUGUCGAGGACUAGGUCGAUCUAGGAACACAGAAUCUUCCACAAAAUGAAUCUUGGACAAUUUUAAAACCUGCAUGGUUGCAAGAAGAAACUCCAGCAGUGCUGAACAUUCAUUCCUGCAUGGCUGGACAUACUUUGAUACUUGUUAUUUCUCAUGCAUAUUAAUUUAAUUUUAAUUUAAUUG